AUGAAUUGGCUAACUGUGCUUUCCCUGUAUUUUUCAGUGGGGGGGCUCCAUUCCACUCUUGGGGUUGCUGGGUCAGCAGUGGGAGGCAGGGAAUUUGCUGCAGUUUCCGUUGAUGCCAAAGAGCACAGCUUUUUUGCAGAAAACUCUGGCGAAUACCACGUUUUGGGGCGGCGUGAAGUGACAGCAUCGCCUCAAAAGAACAUUUUAGGGUCACCCUGGGCUGCCCACGUUGGGCAGAAGUGGGCAAACAAGAAUGACCCCGGAAACACCAACAAAAACUCGGCCACAGAAUACUCCUAUUCCCUUAUUGGCUUGCCCGGUGUAGACGGCAGCGAGCAGACAGCCGUCAAGGGAGAAAGUGGGGGGGCUGCAGCAGGGGAUUCUCGACUCGGAGUGGGGGACCUUUCUGAAAAGAAACAAGAAGGGCAGAGUCUGGUGUUGCUAGAUGACCCGCUGUACCCGCUGCUGUUUUUGCCAAAGGCCCCGCGCGUGUUGGGCGCGAAGGUAUUUGUCGUCGGGCUUCUGUUUCUUUUGCUUUCAGUUUGGAUUUCUUACGAACGAGAUGAAUCUGUGACUGGAGGUCCCGCCCAUGUGCUCGCCAGAUUCGCCAGUCUUGACCGGGAAGAUAUUGCCUCUAUUGCGUCUACUCUGUUGGCAUUCUUGGGCAUUAUUUGUUUGUUCUCAGCUGUGUACAGACAUUUCAGCAGCGUCCGAGACCAGCAAAACUGGAUACGCAGGGCAGAAGAAGGCAUUGACGCAACCUGGAGGCUGCAUCGGAACAGAGAACAUAUUUUGGGACGCCACGGCAAGUCUCAGCUUGCUUUCGCCGACGCAGUUGAAGUUCAGGAAGAUCUGCGGAAUGAGGGAGAACAGAUGCCGAUGGAAAGCAAAAUGUGA